CAGCCUGGCCGAGUCGUUUACCGACCAGUUCGAGAGCUUGUUUGCAUCGGCCAUCGUGAGUCGUGUUCUGCUGCACCCCUGACAUGACGGGACACGAGUAUUUUAGUCGCCGACUGACGCCCCUGAGAUUGUCUCGAUGGCCACAAUUCUCAUCACCAUCACUCAAUACGGCACCCCUCACACCGGCCCCUGGUUGCUGAGGGUCGUCGAAGCCCUCUUCUGGAUCUACAUCGGCGUGAGCGUCCUCGUCAGCGCCAGUCUGUACCUUACCCUGUGGUCGACCCUAGUCUUCCCUAUCCACACCAUGACACCCGUCUGGGUGUUCCCAGCCUACCCGCUCCUCCUGACGGCCCCCUUCGGCGCCAACCUGAUCAGCGCGGCCGACGGCACGGGCCGGCUGGGCGCCAUCAACGCGGUACCCAUCGCGCUGGCCGCCGUGGCCGUCCAAGGCACCGGCUUCCUCAUCAGCUUCAUGGUCUGCGCCGCCUUCCUGUACCGCCUUAUGACACAGAAGCUGCCGCGCGACCACCAGCGCCCCGGCGUGUUCAUCUCCAUCGGCCCGGGCGCGUUCACCUGCACGGGGAUUGUGCAACUUGGCACGCUGGCCCCCUCCAUCUUCCCCGAUGGCUUCCCACCCACCACAACAGCCUCAAGCGUGAGCACCCUCCAAGCAGCCGCGGCCGCGGCGCCCAUCCUGCGCCUGCUAGCCUACACAGCCGGCCUCUGGCUCUGGGGGCUGAGCAUCUGGUUCUUCCUCGUCUCGGUCGGCUCGCUGUGGAAGUACGUCCGGCCCGAGAGCAAGGGCAAGCUGCGCUUCCAGAUGACCUGGUUCUCGUUUGUGUUUCCGAACACGGCGCUGGUAACCGCGACCGAGGCGCUGGGCACGGCGUUCGGCAGCGCGGGGCUCAAGAUCUUCGGCUGCGUGCUGGCCGCGUGCCUGGUGCUCGUCUGGAUCCUGGUGUUUACCGAGAUGCUGCGCUGUCUGUGGAGGAGGGAACUGCUCUGGCCUAAAGAAGACAAAUAGAUGCGUCUCUUGAUCAAGCCCCCGAGGGGACGAGCGAGGCUGCGGGCAAAGCCCUUCAGUACAUCUUUUCAGCAGGCGAAGGACAACGCUGGGAAUGUAACCGGUUCAGACCACGUUUGGUAUUGGGCAUGUAGAAGAGAGGCGUUCCUAAGAUUAAACUUAGAGCAAUCUGCUUUCAAACAGUCGGGACAGUCAUGAACACCCAACCCCCAAGCAUCCGCAGCACGUCCAUUAUUGUUCCAUUACGACUUCGAACC